UGAAAUGGCUUCGGUGUUAGCCGGGACCGGAUUCAGGUGAAGGUCUGGUCCUCGCGGUUGGAGCGGCCGGCGGCUGAGCCAGAGUUCUUAACGUCCAGGCGGAUCCGCGGAAGGGCUGAGAGCGACCGUUUUGGUAGCACGGCGUCCGUAGGCCGGCGACGAUCGCUGCUAUAGAAGACAAACAAGUGAAGGUUUUCUCCCUCCCCCUUUUAUCAUGGCUCAGUUUGGAGGACAGAAGAAUCCGCCAUGGGCUACUCAGUUUACAGCCACUGCGGUAUCUCAGCCAGCUGCAUUGGGUGUUCAGCAGCCAUCACUCCUUGGAGCAUCUCCUACCAUUUACACACAGCAAACUGCAUUGGCAGCAGCAGGCCUUACUACACAAACCCCAGCAAACUAUCAGUUAACUCAAACUGCAGCAUUGCAGCAACAAGCCGCAGCUGCAGCAGCUGCAUUGCAACAGCAAUAUUCACAACCUCAGCAGGCCUUGUAUAGUGUGCAACAGCAGUUGCAGCAACCUCAGCAGACCCUGUUAACACAGCCGGCUGUCGGACUGCCUACAAGCCUUAGCUUGUCAACUCCUCAACCAGCAGCUCAGAUAACUGUAUCAUAUCCAACACCAAGGUCCAGUCAGCAACAGACACAACCUCAGAAACAGCGUGUUUUUACAGGCGUGGUUACAAAACUACACGAUACAUUUGGAUUUGUGGAUGAAGAUGUAUUCUUUCAGCUUAGUGCUGUCAAAGGGAAAACCCCCCAAGUGGGUGACAGAGUAUUGGUUGAAGCUACGUAUAAUCCCAAUAUGCCUUUUAAAUGGAAUGCACAAAGAAUUCAAACACUACCAAAUCAGAAUCAGUCGCAAACCCAACCUUUACUGAAGACUCCUCCUGCUGUACUUCAGCCAAUUGCACCACAGACGACAUUUGGUGUUCAGGCUCAGCCCCAGCCCCAGUCACUGCUGCAGGCACAGAUUUCAGCAGCCUCUAUUACGCCACUAUUGCAGACGCAGCCCCAGCCUUUAUUACAGCAGCCACAGCAGAAAGCUGGUUUAUUGCAACCUCCUGUCCGUAUAGUUUCACAGCCACAACCAGCACGAAGGUUAGAUCCACCAUCCAGAUUUUCAGGAAGAAAUGACAGAGGGGAUCAAGUGCCCAACAGAAAAGAUGACCGAAGUCGUGAAAGGGAGAGAGAAAGACGUAGAUCCAGAGAAAGAUCUCCUCAGAGAAAACGUUCCCGGGAGAGAUCUCCUCGAAGAGAGAGAGAGCGGUCACCUCGGAGAGUUCGACGUGUUGUUCCACGUUACACAGUUCAGUUUUCAAAGUUUUCUUUAGAUUGUCCUAGUUGUGACAUGAUGGAACUAAGGCGCCGUUAUCAGAAUUUAUAUAUACCUAGUGACUUUUUUGAUGCUCAGUUUACAUGGGUGGAUGCUUUCCCUUUGUCAAGACCAUUUCAGCUGGGAAAUUACUGCAAUUUCUAUGUAAUGCACAGAGAAGUAGAGUCCUUAGAGAAAAAUAUGGCCGUUCUUGAUCCACCAGAUGCUGAUCACUUGUACAGUGCAAAGGUAAUGCUGAUGGCUAGCCCUAGUAUGGAAGAUUUGUAUCAUAAGUCAUGUGCUCUUGCUGAAGACCCACAAGAACUUCGAGAUGGAUUUCAACAUCCUGCUAGACUUGUUAAGUUUUUAGUGGGCAUGAAAGGCAAGGAUGAAGCCAUGGCCAUUGGAGGCCACUGGUCUCCUUCGUUGGAUGGACCAGACCCAGAAAAAGACCCCUCUGUGUUGAUUAAGACUGCUAUUCGUUGUUGUAAGGCUCUGACAGGCAUUGAUCUAAGUGUAUGCACACAAUGGUACCGUUUUGCAGAGAUUCGCUACCAUCGCCCUGAGGAGACCCACAAGGGGCGUACAGUUCCAGCUCAUGUGGAGACAGUGGUUUUAUUUUUCCCGGAUGUUUGGCAUUGCCUUCCCACCCGCUCAGAGUGGGAAACCCUCUCCCGAGGAUACAAGCAGCAGCUGGUCGAGAAGCUUCAGGGUGAACGCAAGGAGGCUGAUGGAGAACAGGAUGAAGAAGAGAAGGAUGAUGGUGAAGCUAAAGAAAUUUCCACUCCUACCCAUUGGUCUAAACUUGAUCCAAAGACAAUGAAGGUAAAUGAUCUCCGAAAAGAAUUAGAAAGUCGAGCUCUUAGUUCCAAAGGGUUAAAAUCCCAGUUAAUAGCCCGAUUGACAAAACAGCUUAAAGUAGAAGAGCAAAAAGAAGAACAAAAGGAAUUAGAGAAAUCUGAGAAGGAAGAGGAAGAAGAGGAUGAUAGGAAAUCUGAAGAUGAUAAAGAGGAAGAAGAAAGAAAACGUCAAGAGGAACUAGAACGCCAGCGUCGGGAAAGAAGAUAUAUUUUGCCUGAUGAGCCAGCCAUCGUUGUACAUCCAAACUGGGCUGCAAAAAGUGGCAAGUUUGAUUGUAGCAUCAUGUCUUUGAGUGUUCUUUUGGACUACAGAUUAGAGGAUAAUAAAGAACAUUCAUUUGAGGUUUCAUUAUUUGCAGAGCUUUUCAAUGAAAUGCUUCAAAGAGAUUUUGGCGUCAGAAUAUAUAAAUCAUUAUUGUCUCUUCCUGAGAAAGAGGAUAAAAAAGAAAAGGAAAAGAAAAGCAAAAAAGAUGAGAGAAAAGAUAAAAAAGAAGAAAGAGAUGAUGAAACUGAUGAGCCAAAACCCAAAAGGAGAAAAUCAGGAGAUGAUAAAGAUAAAAAAGAAGAUAGAGAUGAAAGGAAGAAAGAAGAUAAAAGAAAAGAUGAUUCUAAAGAUGAUGAUGAAACUGAAGAAGAUAAUAAUCAAGAUGAAUAUGAUCCAAUGGAGGCAGAAGAAGCUGAGGAUGAAGAAGAUGAUCGGGAUGAGGAAGAAAUAAACAAACGAGAUGACAAAAGAGAUAUUAAUAGAUACUGCAAGGAGAGGCCCUCUAAAGAUAAGGACAAAGAAAAGACGCAGAUGAUCACAAUUAACAGAGAUCUAUUAAUGGCAUUUGUUUAUUUUGAUCAAAGCCAUUGUGGUUACCUUCUUGAAAAGGAUUUGGAAGAAAUACUUUAUACUCUUGGACUACAUCUUUCUCGGGCUCAGGUAAAGAAGCUUCUUAAUAAAGUAGUACUCCGUGAAUCUUGCUUUUACCGAAAAUUAACGGACACCUCAAAAGAUGAAGAAAACCAUGAAGAAUCUGAAGCAUUGCAGGAAGAUAUGCUAGGAAACAGAUUGUUACUUCCAACACCGAUAGUAAAACAGGAAUCAAAGGAUGUGGAAGAAAAUGUUGGCCUUAUUGUGUAUAAUGGUGCAAUGGUCGAUGUAGGAAGCCUCUUGCAAAAAUUGGAAAAGAGUGAAAAAGUACGAGCUGAAGUGGAACAGAAGCUGCAGUUAUUAGAAGAAAAGACAGAUGAAGAUGAAAAAACCAUAUUAAAUUUGGAGAAUUCCAACAAAAACCUCUCUGGUGAACUCAGAGAAGUUAAAAAGGACCUUAGUCAGUUACAAGAAAACUUAAAGAUUUCAGAAAACAUGAAUUUGCAAUUUGAAAACCAGCUGAAUAAGACAAUCAGAAACUUAUCCACAGUAAUGGAUGAGAUCCACACUGUUCUUAAGAAGGAUAAUGUGAAGAAUGAAGAUAAAGAUCAGAAAUCCAAGGAGAAUGGUGCAAGUGUAUGAUAAAAUACAUGUAGUGAUGAAGAAUGGUGAUAAGUAAUGUAAUAUAUAAAAUCAUGAUACAAAAAUGUUUGAAAGUGAUGCAUGUUUGAUUCUAGUAGUAUAAAUAUCUGUUAGUUCAAAUGAUGUAUAAAGUUUUAUGAAUGUGAGAGUCUUUGCUUUUGAAAAUUGCUUGUAAUUCCUGGCAUCCAAAUUAUUAAACACUCCUUGAAGUGAAAUAA